AUGAAGGCAAGUGCACAAGUGCUUGUUAUACCUUCGUUACACGAUAACUUUGCAUACGUAGUAAUUGAUGAAAAAACGAAAAAGGCAGCAUGCGUUGACCCCGUAGAGCCAGAAAAAAUUCUAAGGAAGAUAGAACAUCUAGGUGUGGACUUAGAAUAUGUUUUAUGCACACAUCAUCAUUAUGAUCAUUCAGGGGGGAAUAUAAGAAUGAAGGAGCUAAGGAAAAAAAUAAAAGUCGUUGGGUCGGCCUACGAAGCAACGCCUGGUGUUAGUGAAAAGGUUUACGACAGUCAAAUUAUCCGUCUAGGGGAUUUAUGUAUAAAAGCUAUACACGCACCAUGUCAUACCAGGGGUCAUAUUAUGUACUAUGUGUAUAGAACUGAUGAAAACAAGAACGAAGAUUAUAAUUAUGAUCCUAUUUUAUUUACUGGAGAUACAUUAUUUAUAGCUGGGUGUGGUCGGUUCUUUGAAGGUAGUGCAAGAGAGAUGUUUAAGAACAUAGAAAAAGUGAAAACGUUAAGAAAGGAAACGUUAAUAUAUUGCGGUCAUGAGUACACCCUGAACAAUUUAAGGUUUGCCUUGAGCAUUGAGAAGGAUAAUGAACACAUGAUAAAUACAAUGAAGGAGGUUGAGGAAAAAAUUAAAAAUAAAAAUCAUUCAGUUCCAUCGACAAUUGAAAAGGAGAAUUUAAUAAACCCAUUCUUUAGGACUCAUCAAUAUACCAACAAAUUUAACACAAAUGACGAAAUACAAAUAUUAGAUAAAUUGAGAGAAUUAAAAAAUGACUUCUAA